AUUUUUGGGCUGGCUGGCGGGAUUGAGAAAGCAGAAAACAUAGUCCCACCGACGAUAAGAGGAACACCUGCUCAUUCUCCAUGGCUGGCCUGGCUACUUUCCCUCUCUUUUAUUACCCUUCAAUAUUCCUCCAUCUCCAAAGCGGACCAGCAGCAGCAGAACAAAUACUGUCUUCUCUUCUUCAGUCGUCGCAGAGCUAUUAUAAUUAAAGAAAUAAUUUAAUGGGCAAUUGCCUAUUUGGAGGCUUGGGAGAUCAUCAUCAGCAGGUUAGUUAUAGUAAUAAUAAUAAUAAUGCAGUGAUCAAAGUAGUGACAUCCAGCGGCGGGAUCAUGGAAUUCAAUGGCCCGAUGAUCACGGUGGAGUGCAUCACCGACGAGUUCCCGGGCCACGGCCUCUUCAGAAGCCACGAUCUUUUUUGGAAGCCGUUGGAUCAGCAUGAAGUGCUAGUAGCAGGAGAAUCCUACUACCUGCUCCCACUCCACAGCAACAUGAAAUUAGGCUUUGGGAGCGGCCAGAAUCAGAUGGCAGAGCAGGUGGGGCAUGUAAGGUCCAACAGUGUGCCUAAUUACAACUCAUCAUCAGUUGUUAAUGGUAAUAACAAUGCUCCCCCCUACAGAAUGUCAUUUGAGGGUCAAGGCAUGCUAAAGAGAUCGCACACGGAGGUGUUCAACUACUCCUCAACCUCAACCUCAAGGGCAAGGUGCAGCAGCGGCCAUGCAGCUGGUGGUGGUGGAGUUUGGAAGGUGAAGCUGGUGAUCAGCCCCAGGCAGCUGCUGGAGAUACUGUCGCAGGAGGCUCGAACCCAGGAGUUGAUCGAGAGUGUGAGAACCGUUGCCAAAUGCGGGAACGUUGGCGUUUCAUCCUGGGGGUUUUCGGACCAGUGGAGCUUCUACAGCAGCAGCAGGAAUAAUAAUAAUAAUAACAAUGCUUCCUUCAAGAAAUUAGACGGUCUACUGGAGAUGUAGGAGUAGGAUCUAGCUAGCUUAGCUAGGCCAGGCAACUAUAUUUCUCUUCUCCUCACUUUCACUUCACUUCUCCCUGCUACUACUGUCUUCUAGUAUUGUAUGUUAAUCACUUUAAUGCUAUCUAUUUGCUGCAUCGC